CUCUAGGGCUUUAGAGGCGUACAGAUAUUGAGCUCGGUUACCUUUUUGUUUUAUAUUAUUGUUCCAGAUCAUCUUCUAGUACCAUAUAUACCAUACUUUAUUCGUAUUAAUCGUUCCUAAACAUAUUCUAAGCACAGUGAGGACUUACAAGACCUGAAAAGAUAUUGGCGAAACUUUAUGUUGACGCGUAAACGACUUUGUUAAAACUCUAGCAGUGUAGGGCUCUUGUGCCUGCAAGAAGUUGGUAAAUAACAAGUCGACCUCAUGGCACUGCUGCUGGGGAACGCCGUAUGAAUAGGUGACAGCAACUCAACUCCGCCAGGAAAUCAAAUAAAUAAAUGUUCACAGAGUCAUAUUGUAGCUGUGUUCGCCUUGAAAUAAACGUAGACACAAUGAACUAAAGAAGGAUUUUCUUGCUUUCACUCUCCACCGUUUGACCUAUACUUUAAGAAGACAACUAUAAUAGUCAACACCGGAUAACUGCUGUGUAUGAUGGCGGGGGACAUGGGACUGCUAAUGCGAGGCCUGGCCAAGUUGAGCCAGGCUGUCAUAGAGACUCAGGGUACUACCCUGCGCAGUGGACCAGGUGCAGCUGGAGUAGAGGCCGCGGCCCAAAACCUUCAAGCGACCGCUGAGCAAGGCAUCGCAGCUGCCAUGAUGAAGAUGCAGGAGUUUUCUGGCCAGCAGCAAACAUCCUCAACAUCAUCCUCCUUCGACUCGGAGUUCGACUUCCCCCCAGCCGGUGACGACGCGGAGAGCUACGAGUUCGGACAGGGAGAGGAGGAAUUCAAGUUUGGCAAUGGAGCGGCCGAUGCCGGCGGUCAGGGUACAGCUGCCAGCGCUGGCCAAGCCAAGGGGAAGCUGUUCGAAGGAUACCAAGACCCCAGCAAGCAGUUCACCGGACAGACCCGGUCAUACCGCCGGGAACCCAGGCACAUCCUUGGACACCCCACGUUCUACCAUCAGGAUCUGAACAGGCAGCUAUACCGUCUAGACCUGGCAAGUGUGAAGUUUGUGGGGCAGUCCAGGGGCUACCAUCAGGACCCUACCACGGUGGGGGGGCUGACCGCAGAGGACCUGGAGAAAGCCAGGCAGAGCAAAAGAGCUGAGAUGAAACCACACAAACAAAUGUUGAGCGAGCGCGCCAGGGAGCGCAAAGUUCCAGUGACGAGACUCAGCAGACUGGCCAACUUUGGAGGUCUGGCUGUGGGGCUCGGCUUUGGAGCGUUGGCAGAAGUCGCCAAGAAGACCAUGAGAUCAAGUGAUGGAGCAGGCGAUAAGAAGGCGGUGCUGGACUCCAGCCCCUUCCUGUCCGAGGCCAACGCAGAACGCAUCGUUAGGACCCUGUGUAAGGUGAGAGGAGCUGCGCUGAAACUAGGACAGAUGCUCAGCAUUCAAGACGAUGCAUUCAUCAACCCCCAGCUGGCCAAGAUUUUCGAGCGAGUGAGACAGAGCGCUGACUUCAUGCCCAUGAAGCAAAUGAUGAAAGCGCUCAACAGUGACCUGGGGCCCAAUUGGAGGGACAAGCUGGAGUCGUUUGAAGAGAGGCCCUUCGCGGCGGCCUCCAUCGGUCAGGUUCACCUGGCCAAGAUGAAGGACGGCCGGGAGGUGGCCAUGAAGAUACAGUACCCAGGCGUGGCUCAGAGUAUCAACAGCGAUGUCAACAACCUCAUGACGGUACUGAGCAUGAGCAACGCCUUGCCCGAAGGUCUGUUUCCAGAGCAUCUGAUCGAUGUGAUGAGAAGAGAGCUGGCUCUGGAAUGUGAUUACAUUAGGGAAGCCCAGUGCUCCCUGAAGUUCAAGGAGCUGCUCAAAGACCAGCCCUUCUUCUACGUGCCGGAGGUGAUCACGGAGCUGAGCGGCAGACACGUUCUGACCACAGAGCUGGUGGCCGGCUUUCCCCUGGACCAGGCUGAGGGCCUCAGCAUGGAGAUAAAGGAAGAGAUCUGUAAGAACAUCUUGAUCCUGUGUCUGAGGGAACUGUUUGAAUUCAGAUUUAUGCAGACCGACCCAAACUGGUCCAACUUCUUCUACGACCCGACCACACACACGGUGUCGCUGUUGGACUUUGGAGCCACCCGAGGAUUUGACCAGAGCUUCACUGACUUAUACAUAGAAGUCAUUCGUUCGGCUGCCGAGGGAAACCGGGAGGGCGUCCUUCAGAAGUCGAUUGAGAUGAAGUUCCUUACUGGAUACGAGUCCAAGUCGAUGAUCAACGCCCACGUGGACGCCGUGAUGAUCCUGGGCGAGGCGUUCGCGUCCGUCGAGCCCUUCGACUUCGGCGCCCAGUCGACCACGGAGCGCAUCCACAACCUCAUCCCCGUCAUGCUGAAGCAGCGGCUGACCCCGCCCCCGGAGGAAACCUAUUCGCUGCACCGCAAGAUGGGCGGGUCCUUCCUCAUCUGCUCCCGCCUCGGCGCCAAGCUCAGCUGCAACGACAUGUUCCAGGACUGCUACCGGAAGUACUGGGAGGGACGCACGCGGCCGUCCUCCAAGAACUGAAGCCCUUCUCGCUGCCUCCCCCCCCCCCCCCCCCCCCCCCUUUUUGGAGUUUGUUUUUUGUUUUAUGGAUUUUUCUUGACGGAGAGGUGCAGGGGCCAAUCGGUGCGCUCCCAUGAUAAGGGUUCGGGAAGGGUGGGAGAGUGGGUGAAAGGGCGUCAUUGGGAUGUUUUGUUUUUGUUUUGUUUUGUUUGUCAUGACGAUGAUAUAGCACAGCUUAUUGUUUAGCGAGGAGCAUUUACUGUAAGAUCUACAUUAAGGCAUCGAUCACUUGUGUCCCUGGGUUUGCAUUGCUCAGGAGCAAAUCUGUAUGGAAAACAUUUGACCACACUCGCACUGUAUUGUAGGAGACGCAUCGGCCAACGUUCAUAUCCUAGAGCAAAUCAGGUUUAACGCUUUUAAGAAAUGUUCAAUUAUGCACAGAUGAUUAUUGGGGCUUUUUUCAGAGAGCUUUUAUUAAGCUUUUCUUGGAUUGUAUUCUUCUAUUAUUAAUUUUGGAAACCAGCCAUUUAAUAAUAUGUUCAGUGAGCAUUUUGACAUGGAAAUCAGUGUUUUGUGCAACAGAAUGGUUUCAAGAUCUGGAUUUGUGGAGCACAGCGGCCUAUGGGAUGCUGCUGAAGGAGUAGCAUAUCUGCUUGGCCGGAGAAAAUUAUAUAGUUUAUUUUGGUAGGCUAUUUUUUUAAUUUUUUGCCUGCCUUGCCCCUUUUGUAGAAGUAUACAUUAGAAUGCUGUUGAGAACAAAUAAUGAUUUUCCUAUUAAAUACAUGAAAUAUUUAUAUUAAAUGGAUCAGUCCACGCAAUAUGACCAAUAAUAAGUGGUCAUAUUCAGGUCAUGAAUAUGAACUAAAUCAAAGCAUGUCAGAGAUCAUGUGAAAAAGGAAAAUCUAAGAUCAAUUUGUGUAUUCCGUUUCAAACAAGUGGAGAGUAAUAUACCUUCUUGAGAGAGGCAUUCAAUAAAGAAAGGGACGAAUGAGACGGACGGAUGGGGAAAUGGCGGCCAUCUUCCUCCGUGUAUGGAGGCUGCUAAGAGAUCGGGCCGUCUAGUCAAACCGUGAGCCGUUGAACAAAUGUCAGCUAGCUAUACUUAGCUUUGAGGAUCGCGGUUGUUUUAUUUUUUUUACCCAAAUGGUAGAGAGGAGGAACAAAGGAUUUUGUUUGUCGAAGCUGAUUGUGUUUGUCAUGAGAACCAUGGAUCGUCUUGUGUGUUCUGUCUGAUUGGGUCCCGCAAGCCGGGACAUAGCUAUUUCUGUGCAUGGAGUGAAGGGAAAAAGUGAGUCCAACUAUAUCGAGGAAGUGUGUCCUGCCUGGUUUUCCCUACAUGUUGGCUUCAACACUCAUGGAUACGACUUUGUAAUGCUGCAUCUAUGUGUGCAGGUGACCAUUUUAACAAUCCCUGCUGUGUGUGUGUGUGUGUGUGUGUGUGUGUGUGUGUGUGUUGCUUGGUAGAGACGACAUGGCUAUCCUACUCCAAGUGUGGCGUAUCAAUGGUGGCCAGUGAAAUGCAGCCUAGGCGUUGUCUCAUUUGAGGGGGUCAAUCGUGAAUAUUUCAUAUAAAAAAAAACUGCCUCUUUCCUUUGUCAACUCGGCUGCUUUGUAUUAAUUUCCGUUUUAUGACACAUGGACGCCCUGUCCCAUAUCCAUUGUGUGAAUAUACAAGUGAACGACGUGUUGGUAUUAAAAUCGGAAUACAAGGUUUAGUAGGAAGCUGGUGACCGCACGGCUCUCCUGUUGGUGUGGCAGGAGAGAUGCAACAGGUGUUCUGAAUUUUCUAAUCAAGUGCUUUUUUGCAGUUUUGAGGGACUAAACCAGCUGUAUCGAAUGAAUAAAUGUUUGUAAAUUGC